AAUUCUAUUUGUAAUGCAACUCAAAAUGAUUCGUAUAAUUGUAACAGUAUUUAGUGCCGUCACAUUUGCAGCAGUUGCUGUUGCUGGAUUUGAAUCACAACUGUUCUCAAGUGAAUUCAUUUGGGACUUUUUCAAGGCCUCAUUCGACGAGCGUCGAAAUCUAGCCACAUCACCCUUCUCCGUCCAGCUCGGGAUGACCAUGCUGGCAAAUUCCGUCACCGAUGGCUACACUUUGAAGCAGAUGACCGAAAAGCUACACCUUCCCAGUUCCAUUGCCAGAGCUUCUGAACAAAACCGUCGCAAGUUGAUGGUGCUGCAGAAGAACAAACACUUCACGUACGGAACGAAACUCGUUGUCUUUGGAACGGAAGCCCUGGAUCCCAAGUUUCUGGCGACUAUGGCCAAUUUUAACACCCCAGCCGAGCGACAUCCCAUCGCAAACAUCAAGUCCAUCCCAAAUUUGGCAAAUCGUUGGGCUAAAAACGUGACUUCCGGUAUGGUUAGCGCCGUUUUGAUGAACAAUGAACUGCUUCCGGACACUCGGAUGAUUUUGUUGAGUGCAACUGCUUUCGCUUGCCAGUGGGAAAAUAAGUUCAGUGUGAAUUCGUCCAAAAUGGAGAUGUUCAACGCCUACACAACUGGGAAACUUUACAUGACCAACUUCAUGAACUUGGACCAGACGUUGCUUCCGGUGGCCAUGAAUGGCGAUUUGAAAAUGCAAGCAAUCGAAUUGCCGUUCGAGAGGGGUAGUGACUAUUCGUUCAUGAUGAUGAUGCCUCUGGACAGGGAUGGCAAUAUGACAGAUAUGGUGGCCAAAUUAGAUCACCAGACUUUCGCCAAGCUUUACGACAGCCUGGUGCCGACAAGAAUCUCCGUGAAAAUGCCCCGAUUCACAGUAUCAACCAGUGUAAAUGGGAACGCGGUCUUGAAGAAACUGCACCUAAACGCACCGUUCCAGUGGAGUAGGUUCCAAAUUUUCAAACAGGAAAAACUCACUCUAGACAAGGUGAAGCAAAGUGUAACGGUUCAGGUUGACGAGCGAGGUGUUCGGGCAGCUGCCGUGGACAAAUUCACAAUGGUGACAAGGAGUGCCCCACUAUCUUUCCUAGCUGAUCGUCCGUUCGUGUUUGCCAUUUUGAAAAAAUCGGUCCACUUCCCACUGUUUGUUGGUCAUUACGCCUAUCCUGCCCAAGCGUCACCAGUAAAACCAUAAUGAGAAAAUAAACUUGUAUUACAAGUAAAUGA